UGGCAGUGUGAUUACAGACUUUGUAGUGGAGACAAACAGUGUGAAUUCCACUGAGAUUGCCACACUGGACAGUAAGGUAGCUGUGGAUCUUCAGGCCCAGGGUUACAAUGUUGACCCACAUUCCUUCAGUGGAGUUAUUCAAGCUGACUUGUGUGGUUCCAGUAACUAUGCAAAUGGAAACUGGAUCAUGGUUCGUGAAUGGUCUGCCGGUGUCAAACAAUGCAAAGUAUUCAAUCACCAAUUCACCUCCCACACUGACUGUUCAGGACAUGAGCAGUGGUGACAAUGGAAAUUACACGUUCACGAUGACUCAGUCGACCUUGACAUUCACCCGCAAGGAAUCCAUUUCAGUGACAGAUGUCAUUCCUCCCAUUAUUCAGCUGAAUAAAUUAGCAAUUAAUGUUCAAUGUGGAGCAAAUGAAAAUAUCACAUUGGAGUGUUGUGUUACAUACUACCUAAUUAACAACGUUAUAGCAAAAUGGAUGGACGGCCCUGACGAAAUAUCCUCUGUACCGACCACAACAAACAAGCUAUGUGUCAGUGCUGCAUACCCAGUACCAAAGCAAUGCAAUACAAAGGAACUCACAUGCCAAGUGAUUGUCAAGAAAGAAUCUACAACUCCACCACUGACAGAUCAUGUAAAGCUAAUGUUUUUCAGUGGAGCACCUGACUGUAAGGACCCCACAACAUAUGGUCUUGGGAAGAAUGGAAAUACAUCUACUGUUUCCUGCCCAGCCAAUUUUACGGGCAGCAGGACUGCAGUUUGUGAAAAUGGGAAUUGGACCCUUGUGGAGGACAAUUGUGUCUUUAGCAUAAUAAAGACACUAGAACUGUUUUCUCAGAGUCUGAGUCCAGCUAAUGUAUCAUCAAUUGUGAAUGACCUUAGGGUAACCACUACCAAUUAUACAACAAUCAUAACGCAUUCAAAAGCCACCAUUAUCUCUAUUGUGAACAUACUUGGCAUAGUUGCAAGUGUUUCACAAAAUAUAAGCAAAACUUCAAUGCAGGAUGUUUUGGAAACAGUAUCAGUUUUAGUAUCGGCCCAAGCUAAGGAAUCCUGGGCAGGACUCAACAGUAACAACAGAACCCAAAACACAAGUUCUGCUUUACUGGAGUCAAUAGAAAACAUUACACACAGUCUAUCAAGCAAUUCCUUUACAAUUAUUACAACAAACAUUCAGUUAAACAAAACAACAUUAACAUUCCCUUUCAAUGAAACAUUGAAUUCAUCUCAAAUUUUCAUCCCAAUUCAAGAUCUUCCCAACAACACGAGUAUCACAACAAUCGUCUUUACGACUCUUGACUUUGUCUUACCUAACAGGACCACUGGAAACAGUACGAACAACUCCAUCAAUGGAAUUGUCAUGUUAGCCUAUAUAAAGGAAGCCAUUAAAAAUGUUUCGCUGACAUUUGAUAAAACAAACAAAACAAAGGGAAACAACCAGUGUGUUUUUUGGAACUUCAAACUUUUUGAAGGCACCGGAGGCUGGGACUCUACUGGAUGUCAACUGGAUUCUGAAACGAAUGUCAAUGUCACCUGUUCCUGUAACCACCUGACUUCCUUUUCAAUAUUAAUGUCACCUUACGUACCUGAAUACAUUGAGGAUGCUCUGAAUUACAUCACGUACAUUGGAGUCAGCAUAUCAAUGGGAUGCCUGGUCUUAUGCCUUAUAAUUGAAGCAUUUGUGUGGAGCGUUGUCACUAAGAACAGCACGUCACACAUGCGACACGUCGCUAUAGUGAACAUUGCUCUGUCUCUGCUGAUUGCUAACAUAUGGUUCAUCAUUGGAGCAGCGGUGUCAAACGUAGGCCAGAGCACACCGGAGAAAGCAUGCAGUGCUGCAACCUUCUUCAUUCACUUCUUUUACCUUGCCUUGUUCUUCUGGAUGCUGAUCUCAGCUCUCUUCCUCUUCUACCGUACAAUGAUGGUUUUCUCCCACAUGUCAAAGCGCACUAUGAUGGCCAUCGCCUUCUCAGUGGGCUACGGGGCACCACUCAUCAUUGCCAUAAUCACCAUUGCAGUCACUGCCCCCAAACAUGGCUACUUCAGGCAAGAUGAUGCAUGUUGGUUGAACUGGUACCAGACUAAGGCCCUCCUGGCAUUUGUGAUUCCAGCCUUGACUAUUGUCAUUGUGAACCUGUUCAUUCUAAUCGUGAUUCUGUUUAAACUACUGAUGAGGGGUGUUGGUGAGAACCGUCAGUCUGAGGAGAAGAAUGCUCUGGUGGUCAUCGCAAGGUGUGUCGCCGUUUUGACUCCCUUCUUUGGCAUCACUUGGGGACUUGGCAUAGGGACCAUGGUGGCACCCGCAAAUCCCGGAAUCCACAUUACAUUUUCAAUCUUCAAUUCACUUCAGGGGUUCUUCAUUUUAGUAUUUGGGACUCUUUUAGACAGCAAAAUUCGAUCAGCAGUUGUUGGAAGAUUUUCAUUUUUGCGUUCAUUAUCUAGCCGAACAAGGAGCACAAGUGCUGGUCCAUCUUUGUCCUCUUUGGCUGAACGUUUUAGGCGAAGGAGACAAAAUGUUUCUGCUUCUGAUUCUUCAACAAGUCUGAGGGCUUCGGAUGCAUUAAUCAGUGCUUAGCUGCCUGGCUGCUCAACUGAUGGUGCGAAUUUUUCUCAGAAACAGCUACAGUAAAUGGUUUUACAAAAAAUAUUAAAUAGAGAAGUAAUAAAUAAUAAUAAUAAUAAUAUAUUAUUAUUAAUUAGAAAUUAAUACAGUGUGUAUCCCUGAGUGGCGUGUAUAUUGUUGAUUUCUCUGGCUGUGCUGCUGCUAAUAUUAAGCUGAUAGUGGCUGUUAAUAAUUUUUUUACUCUUUUCAUAUGGGUCUGAUGCAUCGAAACCAUUCUGUGCCAUUAAGGGUUGUUGAGUUUGUAAUAUUCAUUAUCCCUCCUCCAAAUAAUAUAUUUGUUUUUUGGAACGUUGGAUGUUUAAUACACUUGUAAUCUGACUGCCUGUGGUUGCUUUUUAAAUACUAUUAUUUUUCUUUAUAAAGGGAAGAUUUGGUAUUCCAAAAAUGUUCACAUUAAAAUUCGUUUAAAAAUUA